AUGCCUCCUGCCCAUCGACAACGUGCCCGUCGUUCUGCACGCCUCAACGCUCAUACUCCAUCGCACUUGGGGGCGAUGGAUGAGGAAUCAAAUAUUCAAGGUCAUUCCACCUCACACCCACCUCUGGAACAGUCUGGACCCUGGCUCGCCAUCCAGUGGCACCAUGACCGUGCACUUACUGACACACUGAAAGCCAUGGCUGCUGCGGAUGAUGGUCCCUCAGGCUCAGAUAAGGGGCAGAUAUACAGUGUUCUCACUAAGCUCAUCUUCACGGACCAUGUCAAGGGUAAAUACAAACAAAUUAAGGUGUCGUUCAGCAGUACAGGUGCUGGUGUCAUGCCAGUUGAGGGGACUUCAGCAAAAAAUCUGCUGGAUGCCGCGCUUCUCAAGCUGCCAUGGUACACGGAACUUGAUGCCAUUUGGCACUCUAAUCCAUCCAUGGCUGCAAAGGUGCACUUAUCAAGACCUGGUGUCAACCACACAGGUGCCUUUUACUCCCUCGUUCAACCGCAUGGUGGGGCUGGUCCCUCCAUGUACUAUGGUGACAGUCAGCGGUCAUCACACACUCCUGAUGUCUCAGAUCAUCCAUCUGCCUACCAACAUGGGCACCACAUGCCUCAAACUUUUGCUGGCGGUAUGUACCCACCGGUAACACAUGACUACUCAACAUUGCGACACUCUACUCCCCCUCCCCCCUUACCAUCACAUUCGCCCUCUCACCUUCACCUUCCUGGCCUUCCGCCAGAUGACGGUGACAAUAUCGCCGACAACAUCAUGAUGCUCGACAAUGGCCCUGGUAGCCCUUCCCCAGUUGCAGGGAAGAAGCAACAACUCCCUUCAUCACCCUCUCCUCCUGCCUCCCCUGCUCCGGAACUGUUUGUUGUGCCGUCAAGAACUCCGGCAUCUAUGUACAACAACCGGUGUAGAGACUCGCGCCUCUCAAUGCCGGAUAUACAGCCUUAUUACCCAUUUAAUUCCCUACAUGUAUCAGCUCAUAUCCAAAGGACCAGUCAUUUGUGCUCUCGCGUGCGUGCCCUACAAACCGUCAAGCCGUGGGGGGCACCACAAAAUACCAUUGGUCAUAUCACGCAGCAUAUCAAUGCCCUCAUCGACGACACGCAACACCACUUCAUCGUCAUAUUAUCAUAUAUCCCCCACGCCCCAGAUGACACUUCCAAAAAGUGCCAGCAGCUUGACGAAGAAAAAGGUGAAGUCGGACAUAUCGCAGCAGGUGGAGCAGGUGAAGGAUGA